AUGGAUUCAGCUUUGUAUCUUCACAUGUUUCUGAUCUUCUGUUGUUUUAAUCUUAAUGUUUUGACUGACUCUUACUCUUCCACGCAGCCACUAUGCCAUGAAGACGAGAGAGCAGCCUUGCUGCAGUUCAAGCAUAGCUUUGUCAUCAAGAAGUUUGCUUCUGGCGACCCUUAUGCUUAUCCAAAGGUUGAGUCAUGGAAGCUCGAUGGAAAUGCUAGCGAUUGCUGCUCGUGGGAUGGUGUGGAGUGUGACCAUGACACCGGUCGUGUGACUGGUCUCGACCUCAAUAGCCGUAGCAGCAGCAGCUUCCUCUAUGGUUCUAUCAACUCCAACAGUAGCCUCUUCACCCUUGUUCACCUUCGGAGGCUGAACCUUGCUUACAAUCACUUCAAUUAUUCUCAAAUUCCGACCAGAAUCGGAAAUCUUUCAAGACUAAGGGUUCUCAUCCUCUACAAUUCUUAUUUUUCCGGUCAGAUCCCUUCAGAGAUCUCCUCUCUUUCCCAAUUGACUUUUCUUGAUCUGUCUAGCUACCUUGACCCAUCUUCUAAUGAAUAUCUUUUGAAACUUGAAAAACCCAGUUUGAGAGACCUAGUUCAAAACCUGACCAACCUGAAAGAACUUGACCUCAAUAUGGUGAAUGUAUCUUCUACGGUGCCAGGUGCUUUAUCGAAUAUGACCUCUCUAACACGUCUUAAUCUUUGGAAUUGUUUGCUUUAUGGUGAAUUCCCAAUGGGAAUUUUCCAUCUGCCAAACCUACGGCAUUUAAUCAUUUCAUAUAAUGAAAACCUCAUUGGUUAUCUUCCUGAAUUUCCACACGGUAGUCUGCUCGAGGAAUUGGCAAUUGAUGGGACAAGUUUUUCUGGAUUGCUGCCAACUUCAAUUGGGAAUCUUGAUUCCUUGAUUUUUUUAGACUUAGGACCAUCCAAUUUUUAUGGGACUCUUCCACCCUCAGUUGGCAAUCUGACACAGCUCACGUAUAUGGACGUUACUGGAAACAAUUUGUGGGGACAGAUUCCAUCAUCAAUAGCGAACUUAUCGAAACUCACUUGCUUAGGACUCAGCAGUGGUACUUUUGAUGCAGGAACCCUACCAUUCCUACUUGGAAAGCUAUCAGAACUCAUUAGAUUAGACCUUAUUGGUACAAAAUUAAAAGAUGUAUUACCACAGUCUCUUGCAAACUUGACCCAGCUAUCCGUGUUGGUUCUUUGCAGGAAUGAGUUACUUGGUGAAAUCCCAUCUUGGCUUCUGAACCUCACCCAAUUAACCAAUCUAGACUUUUCAGAAAAUCAACUAUCCGGCAUGUUUCCCAGAUCAAUCUCUCAACUCAAGCAUCUUGAAAGUCUUGAUCUUUCUUCAAACAACUUGAGUGGUAAAGUCGAGCUAGACAUCUUUCAAAAUCUCCAAAACCUUGCUGUAUUGCGAUUGUCCGGAAACAAAUUGACGGUGGUUGCAACAGACAGUACCAAUGUUACUCUACCCAAAUUCAUUAGUAUAGGAUUGGCGUCAUGCAACUUGAAGAAGUUCCCACAUUUCUUGAGGUUCCAAGAUGAAUUACAAUCGCUUAAUUUGGCUGAUAACAGUAUUCAUGGCAAGAUUCCAACUUGGUUGUGGAACACAAGUAAAGAAAGAAUGAGUGAAAUCGAGCUUUAUGGAAACUUUCUUACAGGAUUUGAGGAGCAUCCAUAUGCCAUUCCAUGGAUAUCACUACAACACCUAGAUUUCAGCUUUAACAGGCUGCGAGGACCACUCUUACUUCCACCACCGUCUGUCCUUGUUUAUAUGAUCGCUGGGAAUUUACUAACCGGAGAAAUCCCACCAUCAUUCUGCCAAAAUAGGCUUCUUUUUGCGCUUGACUUGUCCGAUAAUUACUUAAGUGGGGCCAUACCUGAAUGCUUGACCAGUUCUAACAGUGAUUCUCUGUCGCUGCUCAAUUUGAGUGGCAAUAAUUUUCAUGGUACUGUUCCUCCUAUGUUUAUGAGGGUUAUCAAGAUGAUUGACUUGAGUCAAAAUCAAUUGCAUGGGGGGUUACCACGUUCAUUGGCUAAUUGUACAAUGCUUGAAAUUCUUGUUCUAGGAGAUAAUCAGAUCAAGGACACUUUUCCCUUUUGGUUGGCAACUCUCCCUGAGUUACAAGUUCUUAUUCUCCGAUCUAACAGAUUCCAUGGUGUCAUUGAGAAUCCUAAAACCAGUUUGAAGUUUCCAAAGCUGCGGAUCAUUGACCUCUCUCACAAUGGUUUCUAUGGUACAUUGCCAUCAAAAUAUUUUCAGAACUGGAAUGCAAUGAAAGUGGUCGCGAAAGGGCAUUCAACAUAUAUGCAUGUGUUGAAACCCGAAUUUAUAAGUUUUGGAAACAUUGGUUACAAUUUGGAUGUUAUUUAUUCAAUAACAGUAUCUACCAAAGGGAAUAUUCUGUUCUAUCCGAGGAUCCAAAGUGAAUUUGCAGUUAUGGAUCUUUCAAGCAACAAAUUCAGCGGCAAAAUUCCAGAAUCCCUUGGAAAUCUCAAUGGACUUCAAGUGCUAAACAUUUCCAAAAACAACCUGAUUGGCGUCUUCCCGUCAUCCUUGGCAAAUUUGACAAACCUGGAAUCGUUGGACCUAUCUCGGAACCUGCUCUCAGGAGAGAUCCCUCAGCAGCUAACCAAACUCACUUUCCUCUCAGUCCUAAAUGUUUCUCAUAACCGUCUCACUGGCCCCAUACCUCAAGGCAAACAAUUCGAUACAUUUGAUAAUAGUUCAUAUGGUGGGAAUAUGGGAUUGUGUGGCGUCCCUCUAACAAGGUUAUGCAAGAAUUCAGAAAUGUCACCCCCACAACCACCGGCACACAACUCGCAAGGCGAUGAGAGUUUAGAGUUUUCGAGGGGUAUCUACUGGAUGGUCAUAAUCAUGGGAUAUGGGAGUGGGCUGAUAGUUGGGUUGGUUAUUGGGCAGAUGCUGACGACAAGGUAUCAUGAACGGUUUGUUGCGAUAUUUGAAAGGGCAAAGAAAACUCAAAGGAGGCCGAAAAGGAAGGGGCGAAGAAACUAA